GUAGUAGUAGUAGUAGGCGCGGGUACCCGGAUGUUUUUAUUUACAACGUGGGUUCCUGGGAAUUGGCUUAUUGUACGCAUAGGACGUGAAUGAACAUGUUUGUCAAAAGUUGAUAUUUUAGUCAACGGCCGCUGCUUUGCAAUGAAGGACGUUAAACAGCGACAUGCAUCCCUUUUCCUGGAAGUUCGUUGCCAAGAUGAGGCACCCCGUCUCCCCUUGCACUCCUCCAUCGUCUUAUUUCUCCUGUCCUACUCUGAGUGCAAGUCUUUCAAAGUCCACCUUGUCUCCGACAAGAUUGACAGCUCUCUGACCCUUCAGGGUCAGCUGCCAGAAUUCCUGGCCUUGCAGGACGUCCGGCCAGAGGAACUGCCGAUGCUGGUGCGAGGCUGCCGGCUACCUGCCGUCCUGGAUGAGACCGGAACGCUGUGCAGGGCUGGACUGGCUGUGGUCUUGAGGCACAUAAUCAACAAGAGCGUCGAGGCUGAACCGUCCAAGAACGAUGUGCGGCAACUGCUGGGCUUCAAGAAGACUUGUCUCAAAGCCUGUGCUGAGGUGAGCAAGUGGACCAGAUUGUGUGAAAUUGGCAUCCCGUCUGCCGUCGAAGAGUACCUCCGAAAUCCUAACAACCAGCAGCAUCACCCGCCACUUCCCGCCAUCCUCACCCUGGAGCAAAGGCUAUCCGAGCCCGUCAAAGUGCACAACGAUGACAAAAUCCGCAGACAGAAGCUCAAGCAGCUGAGACUAAACGAAAACAACGACUCGACUAAAGCGAGCAUGGAUUCCGACGCGGGUGAUGGACUCGAGCUCAAGGCCGCUCUGGCUAAACUCUCUGUAGCAGCAGCUCCGACUCCGACCACCAGGGAGCGCUACGAGAUCAGAAAAGUCAAGACCAACGAUCUGCCUUUGCUGGAGCACGUGUUCGCUGAGGGGUUGUACUUCACUCUGACUGAUGUGGUCCUGUUGCCAUGCAUCCAUCAGUACCUGUCUUUCGUCCGAACCCAUUCUGCCAGCACUCUACACCGCCUCCCCCACCUGCUGCGCUGGUACAGCCAUGUUCAGGAGGUGCCUGGGGUCCUUCGGGCCGCCAAAGCCUGCAAGAUCACUCUUGCAGUCCCUGAAAAUCCACUGCCACUUGCAGCUGGGCCACCGGUUGAAGGUAACCUGGCGAAUCCACCGGAGCGAGAGGAGGAGACGACCACGCAGCUGCCUUUUGUUGGUGGGCCCCGGCCCACCAUAACCAAACUUAAAGAAAAUGGCAUUGAGGCGGCCUUCGCUCAUCAUCCUUGCCCGGAAUGGACGCUCCCAUGGGACAGCUUACCAGACGCCAUGAACCCCACGGAAGGUACUCAAAAGUCGAAGCGCUUAACUCCCAACACCUGUGUCAAAAAAUAAAAACACAAUGGGAUU